CUACUUGAGCCCUUGGUAUCACUUCCUCUUUUUUUGCCUCCUUCCCGGUAAAAUGCUUUUGAAGUUGUUAAGGAUUGACUGUAUUUUAACAAUGUCAAUGGGCACUUUAAAUGUAGUGAUGUACAAAAUGCUUUUCAAGACAUUUUUAUUAUAGAUGUUCAUCCUAUUGAAAAGUCAAUUUUAAUCUCAGCUAUAUGUAUUAGUGGAGACCGACAUGGAUAAUUUGAACAGUAAAAAAAAUUGAAGUAGUACAUUUAUUUAGAAAGCAAACAAUAUAGAAAUAAUCAAAGUGGAAAUCAUCCCUGUAUAAAUUGAUUUAAUUAGUACCUUUAACGGUUUGUAUGAGAAAGAUGAGACUAUUUCUCUCCCACAAAGAUUUACACUCUUGGGGUAAACUAUACAGGGUCACCAGGAGUUGCAAUUGACCCAGUGGCAGUGUUUGGUUUUUUUCCUCAACAGUAUGAAUUUUUUGAGACAUACCUAUGAACAGAUGCCACCUAUCAUGUGACAGGCCUGUCUUUGCUUGGUUACAAUAGACAAAGAGUGACUUUCUUGAAGAGGACAUGUGAGUGGAAGUCUCUUUGCUGAAGUGUUGGGAACUCAAAUCUCCGAAGCUUCUGAGAAACAAGUACUCACCUUAAUCAAGGUGAACCACUGAGCCCGUCAUUAUGUCUGAUGGAGACUACGAUUACCUCAUCAAGUUUUUAGCUCUGGGAGACUCUGGAGUAGGGAAAACUAGUGUACUUUACCAAUACACGGAUGGAAAAUUUAACUCCAAGUUUAUCACAACAGUGGGCAUUGAUUUCAGGGAGAAAAGAGUGGUGUACCGGGCCAAUGGGCCGGAUGGAGCUGUCGGCAGAGGUCAGCGAAUCCACCUGCAGUUGUGGGACACGGCAGGGCAGGAGAGGUUUCGUAGCUUGACAACAGCAUUCUUCAGAGAUGCUAUGGGAUUUCUUCUGCUUUUUGAUCUGACAGAUGAACAAAGUUUUCUCAACGUCAGAAACUGGAUAAGCCAGCUACAGAUGCAUGCAUAUUGUGAAAACCCUGAUAUAGUAUUAUGUGGAAAUAAGAGUGAUUUGGAAGACCAGAGGGUAGUCAAGGAAGAGGAAGCCAGAGAACUUGCAGAGAAGUAUGGAAUCCCCUACUUUGAAACGAGUGCCGCCAGUGGGAUAAACAUAAGCCAGGCCAUCGAGGUGCUCCUGGACCUGAUAAUGAAACGCAUGGAACGGUGUGUGGACAAGUCCUGGAUCCCUGAAGGAGUGGUGCGGUCGAACGGCCACACCUCCACAGAUCAAUUAAGUGAAGCGAAGGAGAAGGGGGGCUGUGGCUGCUAACAAGUCCAGCGAGCUGCCCGGUCACUCAGGUGGCCUUCUCUGCGGUUGAUGCGUGGCUUGGCGGGAGAUGAAUGGACAACGGGGACGGACUGCUUCUCACUACACCGAUUAGACUUACUCAUGAAGCAUCUAUUUUCAAAAUUGAUUUCUGGGUGUUUUGCCAAUAUUUGUUAACAAAGAUUUGGUCCAAGAGUGAAGAGAAAUAUUUCAUGUAGCCAAAAGUGCCUUAAUAAGCUGUAGCCUGAUGCAGUUGGUGAUUCAAAGAUUAAUUUAAAGCCACCAAAGGGCUCUUGUAUCACAUAGAAUGACUGAGGGUGUCGUUGCCCGACUCAUUGCCCGUCCACCGGCUCAUUUCAAAGAUCUUACAUGCUGUUUUAAAGCUACCACAAAAAACUGAAACUAAAAAUAAAUCAAGCUACCCCAGCCUUGUAUCCAAAUUAAGCAAAGUACCCUACGGGUAUAAUUGGUGAACUUCUGAAAUGUUGCCCAACCCACUGGAACAUUAGAAGAGAAUAUACACCCGCCCACAUGAGUUCAGUGUUGUUGAGUGUUCAUUUCACGUAAGCGUUUCCUUUAGCAUGAAUAUAAAGGCCCUGCAUAGACUGGGUUGACCAACUAGACGGUCAUUGUGACCUUUCAUUUUUUUAUUUCAUGGGAUGGCUUGGGGAGCCAGGGGCUGGGCUGGCUGAUUGUCAUAGGAGCAACAGAAGUGGGGCCUCUGGUUCCCACCUCUAUUCCCGUUGUUCCGAAGAUUCUAAUGAUUGAUUAGGGAACCAGACGCCCUGGCUUCAGUUGUCUGUGAUCUGUGUGUUUAGAUUGGGCCUAUGUGUGGGUCACGAGUGAGUGUCUAGCUGGGGCUUGUGCCAAAGCUAUUUGUGAUAAGCAAAUCUUUAGCUUCUUUUUCUUCAUAUUUAUAGUAUGGGCCUGGUGUCCUCAGACUGCGCUUUCAAUCAGCUUGUAAACUACCAAUCUUCUGUCUUCACCGCCAGUCUAUGUGUUGAUAUUUGCAAUUUGCUUUAUUUUCAUACUGGUGGCUUGGAAGGAAUUAGCUUCAAAUUACAUCAAGUGUCUAUUUACUCUUUGUUAGGAGUUGGAUGUUUGUAAUUAAGCAGUCACAUUUGUACUCCAGUUCAAUGUAAGUGUUUAAUUAGCCUGUAGUAUUUUUCAUUGAGUUCAUGGCCAUUUUCUGUAUUUGCUGGGUCUUGCCAAAGAGGUGCAAUUGUGCUGUUAUUGCCAAAGUAUCAUCAUAUCAAAUGGAAGGUGGUUUGAAAACAUGAUUUUGGGCAAUUGUUGAUAAAGUUCAAAGGUGAUUUCCUUCAGUGGAAAAUUCUGAUUUAUUAAAGUGGUCUAAAUAAAGUAGUUGAGUAUUUCCACAGAGCUAAAUGCCUCUUUUGGAAGAAACGCCACUAAUGAUCACUUAACUAGAGAAUCACAAAAAGUGUAUGUUGUGGUGGUAUUUUGGUAGCAUUAGAAUCAGAACAAUAGAAGUAUGAUGGAAAAGAAUUACUUUUACAUGAUAAAUCUGUAACUGCUUUUUGAAAAAACAUUGAGGCCUUUCUUGCUUUUUGCCUCUCACCACCUCCAAAACAAACUGAACUGUGAUUGCCAAGAUUCCUUCCCCCCCUUUUUGAAUGGGGGCUCAGCUUAAGUACUGAAGCGCUCCCUGAGUCUUCAGCAUUUGAACUGGGUAUUCUAUUGAGGAAAUGAUUCCGAUUCCAGAUCAGGGUUAUAACCUGCAUCAGUGCCUUCUAACAUCGCCACAACAUUGAAAAGGAGUGAGUCAUAACUUUAAUGUUAUAUAUCAGGGCCUGUUUUAUAUUGUAGUCAAAAGUAAGAACAAUAUUUGCGUGUUUGCAAAUGACUCAUGAGCUAUAGAUUCCACUGGCCUUAAACAUGGAUAAUUAAACGUGUACAAGAAGACUUCAAAAAGUUUGUGAGGAAAUC